AUGAGUAACCGUCUUCAACAAGUGGCAAGCCAUGUCUUGCCUUCAAGCUAUACUGCCAACAAGAUUGGUUACAAAUCACCUGAAGAUGUAGUCAUUGUCUCUGCUCUUAGAACUGCUAUCACUCGUGCUCGCAAGGGCCCAUUCCAAUCCACCUUGCCCGAAGAAAUGUUGGCUCCUGUCUUCAAGGCAAUCAUUCAAAAGACUGGCAUUGAUCCCAAAUUGGUAGAGGACAUCACUGUAGGCAACGUAUUGCCUCAGGGAGGAGGAGCGACGAACGCUCGAAUGGCUGCAUUAUAUGCUGGAUUCCCAGAAACUACUGCUGUUAGCACCUUGAAUCGUCAAUGUUCAUCAGGUCUUCAAGCUGUCGUCCAAAUUGCAACUGCCAUUCAAGCUGGUAUUCUUGAAAUUGGUAUUGGUGCUGGUGUCGAGUCCAUGACAUUGAAUUACGGUGCUUCUUCUUUGGCUCCUACUUCCGAGAGAAUUGCAGACAACUGUGAGUCUGCUGCUGAUUGUCUUAUUCCUAUGGGUAUCACAUCAGAAAAUGUCGCUGCUGAUUUCCAAGUGUCUCGUGAAAAACAAGAUGCUUUUGCUGCAGAAUCUCAUCGUAAGGCUGAUGUUGCUCAAAAGAAUGGCUGGUUCCAAGAAGAGAUUGUUCCCGUUGAAGCCAUUGUCACAGACGAGGAAGGAAAUGAAAAGGUGGUAUUGGCUGACCGUGAUGAUGGUAUUCGUCCUGGUACAACUGCUGAAAAGUUGAGCAAGUUGCGUCCUGCUUUUGACGAUGAUGGCACUACUACCGCUGGUAAUGCUUCUCAAGUCUCUGAUGGUGCCGCUGCUGUCCUUUUGAUGAAGCGUAAAACUGCUCAAAAGUUGAGCUUGCCAAUCUUGGGCAAGUACAUCACUUCUGCUGUUGUCGGUGUUCCUCCCAGAAUCAUGGGUGUUGGUCCUGCUUACGCUAUCCCUAUUGCUUUGCAAAGAGCAGGCCUUACUAUUGAUCAAGUAGACAUCUUUGAGAUCAACGAAGCCUUUGCUUCUCAAGCUGUUUACUCGGUUGAGAAGUUGGGCAUUCCUGCUGAAAAGGUGAAUCCUAAAGGUGGCGCUAUUGCAUUCGGCCAUCCUUUGGGCUGUACUGGUGCCCGUCAAAUUGCUACUCUUCUCCCUGAAUUGAAGCGUCAGGGCAAAAAGAUUGGUGUCACUUCUAUGUGUAUUGGUUCGGGCAUGGGUAUGAGUGCCGUCUUUGAAAGCGAGUAG